UAUCUAUCUGUUGCAGAGAGAGUUAUUAUUAUGGCUUUUGAUGAAGAUAUGAAAAUGGCGUCUUUCUUAAGAGAAGAAGAAGAACAACACUAUUCUUUAUCAAGACUCUCCGUUUGUUCCAACUACGACGGCGAUGAAGCCGACGGCGAAUCUUCUGAUUCCGACGAGAAACGUGUCGGCGGCGCCGGAGGAGAGAAAUCUAUGGAGGAGCUAAAUUUUUCUGAUUCUGAUAAAGGAUCAACCGGUUGUCAAUCUCUCCCGGCGACACCUCCACGACGGAGACGGCGGCGUGGAGGUUAUUUGACGGUGAGUUCUCCGGUUUCCGGCGAUAAAGCUUACGCUAGCGAGAACGAAGUUCAAAAGACGAAUAACAAUCAGAGGAGGAGGAGAUUGAAACCGGAGUGUCCACCGUGGGUUGAUAGUAUGCGGAGGAGCUACGGCGGAGAUGAACAGAGUGGUCACGGUGGUUACGGAGGAGGAGUGGUGGUUGUGACGAGGCCUAUAGGAGGAGGAAGGCCAUUGUGUAUGGAUUUAGAAGAAGUCAAAGCUUGUAAAGAUUUGGGGUUUGAGCUUGAACCGGGUCGGGUUUCGUAUUCCGGGUCAACGAUGGAUACUAGUAGUGGCGGCAAUUCUCCUAUCUCUUCUAACCACCGUAUUUCGAGUCCCGGGGAUGAUCCAAAAGACGUGAAAGCGAGGCUUAAGGCGUGGGCUCAUGCUGUGGCUUUUGUGUCCACUACUUAUCAUCAACCUCCUAAUUCUUUAUGAUUCACUCUCUUACAAAAAAAAUUUCACUUCAAA